AUGAAGCUUCUCUGGGUCUGCGCCGUGGCCAAUGCGAUCGGGCUCUCGGUUGCCAUGGGUCUUCUGGAGACGGAGACGGCUCCGGUCAGCAUGAAUCUCUUGGAGGCCGCGGCCCUGCCGUGCCAGAGUGACAGCGAAUGCCCCGCACUCACGUGCCACAGUACCACGUGCACUACGUCGGGGUUCUGCCUGUACACGCCACUGGAACUGGGCACCAGGUGCCCGGGCGAGAGCUGCUCGAACGGCGGUGCGUGCGACGACGACGCCAAUGAUUACUGCGACCUCCGUGGCACGUGCAUCAGUGGCUUCAAAGGCUCCGAGACGGUGUGUCGUCCAGCCGAUGGCGAGUGCGAUGCGCCCGAGGUGUGCUCUGGCACGGCCAGCGCGUGUCCCGUCGACGCAUUCAAGUCCUCGUCCACGACGUGCACCGGCACCAACAACGGCGGCGCCUGUGAUGACCAAGACUUGUGCGACGGUUUCGGGAACUGCGUCGACAAGUACUUGCCAUCGACGACGGUAUGCCGUGCGUCCGAGGGCCAGUGUGAUGAGGCCGAGAUGUGCUCUGGCACGUCCAGCGAGUGUCCCGAUGAUGUGUUCACGCCAUCGACCACAACAUGCACUGGCGCAAGCAAUGGCAACCCAUGCGACGACGUCGACUUCUGCGAUGGUCUUGGGAACUGUGUCGACAAGUUCUUGCCGUCAACGUCCGUGUGCCGCGCCUCCAAGGGCCAAUGUGACGUGGCAGAAUCGUGCACCGGAACGAGUGGCAUCUGUCCAGUCGACGCAUUCCAGCCAACAACCACAACAUGCUCGGGGACAUCGAACAAUGGGCUCUGCGAUGAUGUUGACAAAUGCGACGGUCAGGGCAACUGCGUCGACAAGUUCUUGCCAUCAACGUCCGUGUGCCGCGCCUCCAAGGGUCAGUGCGACGUAUCCGAGUCCUGCACCGGGACGAGUGGCUCCUGCCCAAUCGAUGCCUUUCAAUCAAGCUCCAAGACAUGCACCGGAACUCAGUCGGGUGGCGCAUGCGACGUACAAGAUCUCUGCGAUGGUUUUGGCAACUGCGUCGACAAGUUCUUGCCGUCAACGUCCGUGUGCCGCGCGUCCAAGGGCCAGUGUGACGUGGCAGAAUCGUGUACCGGUACGAGUGGCAUCUGUCCCGUCGACGCAUUCCAGCCAACUACCACAACUUGCUCGGGGACAUCGAACAAUAACUUCUGCGACGUCGUCGCUGCUGCCAUUGCCAUGGUCACGAUGCGCCAGCGCCGCGACGAGCUCGCGCUGGAUGACGCCACGUACAAGCUGCUGGCGACGCACGAAGACGCGUCGAUCGCCUUGUAA